AUGGCCAGCAUCCUACCGGCCUGCCUGGCUGCUCUCCUGCUGCUGCCUCUGGCCGCCGCCAUGCACUCGGACUGCAUGUUCAAGCAGGAGCAGGCCCAGUGCCUGGAGAAGAUCCGGAAGGCCAACGAGCAGAUGGGCUUGAACGCCUCCUCCCUGGGCUGCCCUGGGAUGUGGGACAACAUCACGUGCUGGAAGCCCGCCCGCGUGGGUGAGAUAGUCCUGGUCAGCUGUCCCAAGUUCUUCCAGAUCUUCGAUCCGGACCAAGUCUGGGAGACAGAAACCAUCGGAGAGUUUGGUUUUGAAGACAUUAACUCCUUGGACUUGGCAGGCAUGAGGGUGGUGAGCCGGAACUGCACCAAGGACGGCUGGUCGGAGCCCUUCCCUCACUAUUUCGAAGCUUGUGGGUUUGAUGAAUAUAAUGAAUCUGAGUCUGGGGACCAGAAUUUCUACUACAUGUCGGUGAAGGCCCUGUACACCGUCGGCUACAGCACAUCCCUCGUCUCCCUCACCACGGCCAUGGUCAUCUUGUGUCGCUUCCGGAAGCUGCACUGCACCCGCAACUUCAUCCACAUGAACCUGUUCGCGUCCUUCAUGCUGAGGGCCAUCUCCGUCUUCAUCAAGGACUGGAUCCUGUACGAGGAGCAGGACAACAACCACUGCUUCAUCUCCACCGUGGAGUGCAAGGCCAUAAUGGUUUUCUUUCACUACUGCGUCGUGUCCAACUACUUCUGGCUGUUCAUCGAGGGCCUGUACCUCUUCACCCUGCUGGUGGAGACCUUCUUCCCCGAGAGGAGAUACUUCUACUGGUACACCAUGGUUGGCUGGGGGUCCCCAACCAUCUGUGUGUCGGUGUGGGCUGCGCUGAGGCUCUACUUUGACAACACAGGCUGCUGGGAUAUGAAUGACAGCACUCCUCUGUGGUGGGUGAUCAAAGGCCCUGUGGUUGGUUCCAUAAUGGUGAACUUUGGGCUCUUCGUGGGCAUCAUCUUCAUCCUCGUGCAGAAACUUCAGUCUCCGGACACGGGAGGCAACGAGUCCAGCAUCUACUUGCGGCUGGCGCGGUCCACCCUGCUGCUCAUCCCGCUGUUCGGGAUCCACUACACGAUCUUCGCCUUCUCCCCCGAGUACGUCAGCAAGAGGGAGAGGCUGGUGUUUGAGCUGGGCCUGGGCUCCUUCCAGGGCUUCGUGGUGGCUGUCCUCUACUGCUUCCUGAACGGGGAGGUGCAGGCGGAGAUCAAGCGGAAGUGGCGGAGCUGGAAGGUGAACCGCUACUUCGCCGUGGACUUCAAGCACCGGCACCCGUCCCUGGCCAGCAGCGGCGUGAACGGCGGCACCCAGCUCUCCAUCCUGAGCAAGAGCAGCUCCCAGAUCCGCAUGUCCGGCCUCCCGGCCGACAACCUGGCCACCUGA